UAGCGAAAGCUGUUGUUCAGCGAGUGGAUUUUAACUCAAAAUUAUAGAACAUUAAUGAAAUACAUGGUUUGAUUACACUGAAGUUAUAGACGAAAAUGUAAGCAAUCCUUUCACUGAUCGAAGAUAUCGAAAGACGUCCUAUGUUAAAAGAACCGAUUUAGUUCGCCCAGCUGACACUGAAUUCAGAAAGAGGACCCAGCUGAGAUGUCUGCAGACAACGAAGUUCAGUUAAACCGAAGUGAAAUGUUCGCUUUGCAGCUAGCAACGAGAACAAAAGCCGAGAUUUUCACAGAACUGGUUGUAGUUGUGCUAGUAGGUUUAAUCGGCGUGUGCGGAAACUUUCUUGUACUCUUUGUCAUAAGCCUUACACCAUCGUUAAGAACUAUCUCUAACUUUUACGUAGCUUCUCUAAGUGCGAUGGAGUUACUGCUGUCUUUCUUCAUUUGGAUUUUCUUACCAGAGGUAACAGUGAAAGGAAAGUGGACUUUUGAUGACGCUACCUGUCAAUUUGUAGGAUUCACGACGGCCAUGUUGGCCACAGGUUCUAUUUAUUCCAUGGCUUUAAUCGCAAUCAAUCGAUACUUCCUCAUGGUAAAAUCGAACCUUCAUCGUAAGUACUUUACGAAGAGAAACGCUUGUAUAUCGAUUGCUGCGUCAUGGAUCUUGGCUGGAAAUUUUCCUGUGUCUUACAUGAUUCUCGGCAACACGUUUGAAUUUCAUCCCGGAAAGGGCGUCUGUAUCUUUGAUGUGGGGAAGUUGAAUCUAGCGCACGCCUUUGUGACAGGUUUCUUCAACAUUCAGCUUCCAUAUCUUGCCAUUUCUUAUUGUUAUUUCAAGAUUUAUAAGAAGGUGAAAGAACACAAUGCAUCACUGAGACGCCCUGGACGCGGUAACGGAAGCGGCAGCGGAAUUUCAGCGAAGGAAAUUAGAGUAACAAAAUUACUGUUCGCUAUCGUGUUGAGUUACACGAUUUGUUGGACGCCAUUUUAUCUCAUCGAUUUACUUGGAGUGUUUCUUGGUCAAUUUUUCGCCCCUCGCCUUAUUUACGUGUUUUAUAGCAUUUUUGUUAGCAGUACUACUGCCAUCAGCCCGGUAAUCUACGGCGUUUUCAACAAAGAGCUAAAAGGAGAAAUCUUAAAAUUUUUAAAAUCCAAAUGCUGUUGUAUGUGCAGAAAAGUCAAAGUUGGAGUCUCUGUUACAACGUCAAAUAGGCAUUCAUGACCACGUGCCUAGUGUGAAAAGAAAGGCAGUUCUGGUAAAAUUUAAUGAAUAAAUUGUGAUCGUUGGCGCUUGUA